GGCGCGACCGGCUGGCCGUGGCGGCGGGGUGCGCGCUGCCUUCCGAGCUCCAGUCCGCGCGCGAGGGGGCUAGGGCGCGGGCGCGGGCGGCACCGCGGGGCCCCGUCGGACGGGCCAGGGCGAGAGGGCGCCGGUCUCGCGACCGCCCGCCCGGGGCGCCGGGACCAUGGCGCUGCGCGCCCGGGCGCUGUAUGACUUUCGGUCGGAGAACCCGGGCGAGAUCUCGCUGAGGGAGCACGAGGUGCUGAGCCUGUGCAGCGAACAGGACAUCGAGGGCUGGCUCGAGGGGGUCAACAGCCGCGGCGACCGGGGUCUCUUCCCGGCCUCAUACGUGCAGGUGAUCCGCGCCCCCGAGCCCGGCCCGGCGGGCGACGGCGGCCCGGGCGCCCCGGCCCGCUACGCCAACGUCCCGCCGGGCGGCUUCGAGCCCCUGCCCGCCGCGCCGCCCGCCUCCUUCAAGCCGCCGGCCGACGCCUUCCAGCCGCUGCUGCAGCCGCAGCAGGCGCCGCCGCCGAGCACCUUCCAGCCGCCGGGCGCGGGCUUCCCGUACGGCGGGGGCGCCCUGCAGCCGUCGCCCCAGCAGCCGCUGUACGGCGGCGGCUACCAGGCCAGCCAGGGCAGCGACGACGACUGGGACGACGAGUGGGACGACAGCUCCACGGUGGCCGACGAGCCGGGCGCGCUGGGCAGCGGCGCCUACCCGGACCUCGACGGCUCGUCGUCGGCGGGCGGCGGCGCGGCGGGCCGCUACCGCCUGUCCACGCGCUCCGACCUCUCGCUGGGCGCGCGCGGGGGCCCGGCGCCCGCCCAGCACCACGCGUCCGGGGCCAAGAGCUCGGCCACGGUGAGCCGCAACCUCAACCGCUUCUCCACCUUCGUCAAGUCGGGCGGGGAGGCCUUCGUGCUGGGUGAGGCGUCGGGCUUCGUGAAAGACGGCGACAAGCUGUGCGUGGUGCUGGGGCCCUACGGCCCCGAGUGGCAGGAGAACCCCUACCCGUUCCAGUGUACCAUCGACGACCCCACCAAGCAGACCAAGUUCAAGGGCAUGAAGAGCUACAUCUCCUACAAGCUGGUGCCCACGCACACGCAGGUGCCGGUGCACCGGCGCUACAAGCACUUCGACUGGCUGUAUGCUCGCCUGGCCGAGAAGUUCCCGGUCAUCUCGGUGCCGCACCUGCCCGAGAAGCAGGCCACGGGCCGCUUCGAGGAGGACUUCAUCUCCAAGCGCAGGAAGGGCCUGAUCUGGUGGAUGAACCACAUGGCCAGCCACCCGGUGCUGGCGCAGUGCGACGUCUUCCAGCACUUCCUGACGUGCCCGAGCAGCACGGACGAGAAGGCCUGGAAGCAGGGCAAGCGGAAGGCGGAGAAGGACGAGAUGGUGGGCGCCAACUUCUUCCUGACGCUGAGCACGCCGCCCGCCGCCGCGCUGGACCUGCAGGAGGUGGAGAGCAAGAUCGACGGCUUCAAGUGCUUCACCAAGAAGAUGGACGACAGCGCGCUGCAGCUCAACCACACGGCCAACGAGUUCGCGCGCAAGCAGGUGACGGGCUUCAAGAAGGAGUACCAGAAGGUGGGCCAGUCCUUCCGCGGCCUCAGCCAGGCCUUCGAGCUGGACCAGCAGGCCUUCUCGGCGGGCCUCAACCAGGCCAUCGCCUUCACCGGAGAUGCCUACGACGCCAUCGGCGAACUCUUCGCCGAGCAGCCCAGGCAGGACCUGGACCCCGUCAUGGACCUGUUAGCGCUCUAUCAGGGGCACCUGGCCAACUUCCCGGACAUCAUCCACGUUCAGAAAGGAGCUCUUACCAAAGUGAAGGAGAGUAGGCGCCACGUGGAGGAGGGGAAGAUGGAAGUCCAGAAGGCCGACGGGAUCCAGGACCGCUGUAACACUAUUUCUUUUGCCACUUUGGCUGAAAUCCACCACUUCCAUCAAAUUCGAGUAAGAGACUUUAAAUCACAGAUGCAGCAUUUCUUACAACAGCAAAUAAUAUUUUUCCAAAAAGUGACCCAGAAGUUGGAAGAAGCUCUUCACAAAUAUGAUAGUGUUUAAUGACUGGACAUUGGAUUGUGGACUUCUUUUUUUUUUCCAGUUCAAGGAUAAUUCUUCAGCAGAAUAAAAACUGCUAUCAAAGAGCUAUUGCCAACUAUCAGUGGUGGUACAAGGAUGGUUUUGUGUUCAACUGAAACCCAGCUGAAUAUAUAAUUAUGUAGGAAAGAAACAGUUAAUAUGGUUAUAUAAUAGGAACAGUACCACGCAUUGUAACUAAAUUAUACUAUGUAUGCCUACACUACCAUUGUAACUUUUGGAAUAAUGAUUAUACUAUUUGCCUUAUUGCUUUUUCAAGUAUGGGUAUUUUAGUGCAUACUUUGUAGACCUCAAAACCCAUGAAGGGUCUCAAAGAAGCUGGCUGGAUCCAAGCCUGCUGCGGAUGCCUUUUUACUCUCAUAGAUUGGGAUUACCUAAAUUCAACCUAUUCUCUGUUUACAAACUCCAACUAGAGCAGCUAUGCGACUUUGUGCCUUUAGACUCUUGGUUUUUCUUUUCUCCCCCCAAACCUCCCCUUUUUAAGUAAGCCACAUCGUCUCUGAUUGAAAGAGUGAAAGACCAGUGCAUACAAUGACAAACUGAUGAUAACCUCAUGUUGGCGGUGGGGUUGGGAUGGGAGGAUCAGCUGUCAUCAAUUUGCACAGCAAGCGUUAUCUCCUGCUAAGAUGCUGGUGAGUGCUGAGGAGGGAGACUUGAAGUUCAUCUUUGGGUGCGAAAUCCAUUAGGGAAGACACGGUGCCACCUGCCACCAUCUUCCCGUAGACGCGACAGUAGCAUAGCCUCUUCACACAGGUGUCCUGAGAACUUGGCGUGAAGAUUUCAGCAGACUUGUUUUGCGACAGGCAGAGGAGGAGUCUGAUCAAUCAGAGGAUGCAAGUACAGGAUCAGUGACAACACACACUCGGUUUCAGUUCUUGGAUGGGUUUGGUUUUUCUUUUUUUUUCUCUUUUUUUAGAUUGAAGAUUUAAUACUCAGUUUUCUUUUUUUAAUGGAUCUACACUGUUAACUGAUUGAGACUCCACUGUGAUUCACUUGUUUACUUAAUCAAAAACUUUCAGGGAUGUCUGUAAAUUUCAGUGUUAUAUGUGAUGCAAAGUGGUGUUGGUUGAUCUAAGGAGGGACCAGAAAUAAUUUCUACUAUUCCAGAUGCUGAAGGAAAAAAAAUAAUGAUUUAUAAUGUGUUUUAAAUAGUAUUCCUAAGCCCCCACCCCGCAGGACUUUUACCCUUAAAAAUUAUUUUAAAUAUAUUCUUUUACUGUUUCAAGGGAAAUAUAAAUGGCUGAUAAAUACCAAAAAGAUUCAAAAGCAGCUUAAGUUAAAAAGCACAAAGAGAUUGCUGGCUUGACGUACCAGAAUCUCAAUUUUUUUUUUUAUAGUUGCUGAGCUUAAUAAUGUGAUUCUUGAGUUUACAGAUUUCAGAACUGUCACUGAAAGGUUCAAGUAUGUACUGUUUCUAUAAAGUUGAUCUUCCGCUGCCUCAGAAACUCCUGGGUACUGAAAUGGUGACCCAGAAGUAAAGGGGUUAGCCUGAGCUGUUGGUGAGUGGUGAUGAGACCGGAAGGGGUUCCAUCUGCGGGUAGUCACGACAGGGAAAGGUUACUGGAACAAUUACUCAACAGCACAUUUGCUCUUUUGAAAAAGGAAUCUCAUGGGUUGGAUUUUUCAGAUCAAAUUAUUGUAAUCUUGAGCAUUGGUCAAAAUUUUGUACCUUAGCUUACUGAGAGCCAGAUUUCACAUCACGUGGCUAUGUCUUUACUACAGAUACGUGCAACUGUCACCAAAUAUGUCGUUCUCUAAAAUAAUGUUUUUCAUCUGUUGCAAAAGAUAGUUCUAUAAACAAAACUGAUACAUAAAAAUAUUAAUUUUAUUGCAGAAAUUUGGAGGUUAUAAUUAUAGCAUUUAAUCUAAGUUUGAGUCUGUACGGGACAAGUAAGCACUAUACUUUUCCAAUGAUUUGAAAGUCACUUUUAUAUGCCUUGUUCUUUUGAUGGCAGUUUGAUUUUUUUUUUCUCUUCUCUCUUUUUUUUUUUCCUUUUUUUAGUAAAAUCAGUAAAUUUGUGCAAUGGUAGCAUGGAAGUUAUUUGAGGUGUCCUGUAUGUGCUUUAGCCAGGGUGGACAUAGCUUAAGUUUGAAAAACAUAAAAAUGAAAGUACAAGGAAGUAAACAGUCACACUGCCUACUUCUAAGAGAAUGGAGUUUCUUCAUAACUACUUGCCGUUACAAUGCCACUGAUUCACAAGGGGUUAAAUUAAUUCUGCUGGGUAGGACACCAGAAUUAUUAGUGUUCAUUUUCAUCUAAGAUCUUUACCCUCUAACGUUCUUGGUCCUAUUGAAACAUUUCAGUAUAUAAAAAUACUGCAAUGUUAAUACCCAAGAGAAAAGCCAUUAUCAUGUGAGUGCUGGUCAGGGUGAUCAGUGUGGGACAGAUUUUUUUUUUAAAUAAAGUAUCAUACCCUUCAUGCCAUAAUUUGUCUUUAUUUCUGUACUUUGUGAUUCUGGUGUGCAAUGUGUUUGUAACGUGAGAGUGCACUGUACCUGAGCCUGCUUUGGGUAUUUUAAUGACAGAUGGAGUUGAUGAUGUGCUGUAGCUGUAAUGCAGUGAGCCUGGUUCUAUAGCCAGCCACUGUAGUCCAUUACGCUUGCAGGUUGUUGUAGCUGAAGGUACAAUUCACACCUAGCAUGAGGGAACAUGAAACUUAAAGCCAGUGCACAUAGACUCAAAUAUCACAGGAAUCUGGAUUUUCUGGAUCUUCGCUGAUGGUUGUCUCACAUUUACUCCUAAUAACACAGCAGAGUUUUAAAUGGAGAAUUUCCAUUGUCUUACAUUGUGCUGCUGUUCUCAUAAUUAGAGACUUGAAAAAUGUUCUGAUCUGUCAAGUUUGCAAAGCUUUUGUGUAAACCUCUAAAUGUCAUUCAUUAGUCAUUGUGUUGGCCAUUUUUCCCCAUCUAUGUCUUCCUUUUUUCAGAAUGAAACACCAUGUCUGAUACCUUUAAAUCCGUAUGCAUUAUCUAGUUUUCUCAUUUUCCCACUUUUUCUUGGGCUAACAGAAUAAGUAAAACAGGGUAUUAUUUAUUUAUUGGCUAGAAAUGUUGGAUAUUGUUUUUAUUUUCUUCAGAAUGUUAUGAUUAGCACAGAUCAGCUGUGUAUGUCUUUUAAAAAAAUAAACAAAGGUUGCUUUAUUUCUAGGCUGCAAUGGGAUAUUAUAAUUUUUUCUCCAUUCGUCAAGGAGGCAUUUAUUUAAUGUGAGACUGACACACAAAAGAAGAGCAAGUUCUCUGUCUUCAGCUCCCAUCUCUAGUGGCCAUGUAAAUAGUUCCUUUGAAACACAUUGAAGCUGUAUAGCUAUUUUGAUAAAUUUAAAACCAUGAGUGUGUUAAGUGGUCCCUGUGGAAUCUCUGCUUGAGUUAGGUGCAUCAGUAAUUCAGCAUAGAGCAGUCACCUGUGAGGUGUUUUGCCAUAAGUUACCAUGAGCCCAAUCCCAGUGCAUCGUAGGUACUUGAGUAAAGUUCUCCACACAUUCUGUUUGUUGCCAGAAUCGGGCCAGCCUUGACCUUGCAUAAGCCUAACUGUGACCUGGUGCAUUCCACAAGGGGCCAAAGCAUCAUCUGGAAUCCAGCUUGCACCUUGGUUGGGUGAUGUCCCCUGAUACUUGAUCCUUACACCCUUUUAUCUCCUGGUGGUCUGGCUUUCGUGGCCCCUUCCAGUAUCUCUCAAUAGCCCAAGCCGUUGUUCAGUUCACAGAUCUGCUUGGAUCAGUGUGGAUGCUUGUUCCAAGCUGCACGGAUCAUUCAUGGUCUGGGAAGACUAUGAAAAGGAGAUGUUCUCUUAGAGUGUGCACGGAAAGAAAGGAGCGGUUGCUGCCUCUCUAACAUGAGCUUUACCUGAUAACCCUCACAACAAGCUAGGAGAAGUAUUUCAUGUCCAGCUUAAAUAUAAAGUUUUCAUUUUAUUUGAAAGACAAAGAUACAGACAUCUUCCUUACACUGGUUCACUUCCCAAAUGCUCCCUGCAGCCAUAGCUGGGCCAGGCUGAAGCCAGGAGCCUGCACCUCCAUCUAGCUCUCUUGGAUGGCGCCCACGCACUUGAACCAUCAUCUGCUGCCUCCCCGCAUGUGUGUUAGCAGGAAGCUGGAUCCGAAGCAGAAGGACUCAAACCUAGGCACUCUGGUAUGAGAUGCUGCCAUUCCAAGCAACGAUUCAGCAAGCUGUGCCACACACGUGUCCAGUGUCCAGUUUAUAGAAAAGUUAAAAUUGGAUCUAAUACCUUUUACCCAAGUUCACACAAAUUGAGUGAUGAUGCUGAGAUCCAACUUGAGAUGUGGCUUAAGUCUGUUCUUUUUAAACUGGAUUAUACUGGAUGCCAUCUCCCUGCUUUUCAGAACUCGCCUGACCACAGUCCACUGCUGGACUGAUAGGGAUCCUGUCGUUCUCUGUGCACUGGGGGCACACAGCUGCAAAGGGAGCCUCUCAGAAUCUCUUUGCACCCAUUGUUGCUGGGAAGCAGGAGAGCCACUGCUGAGCCCAGCAGCUUUGUCUCUUAGCAGGAAGAGCUGGUGACAGGCUGCUGGAGACCGGGCUGCCUGCCAGCUGGGACCUUCUGGUGCUGUUCCACUCCCAUCUCCAUGUAUGUGUAAGUACAUUUCAGUUGCCACAUGAAGACUCUUGGCAGGGCUGACAUACUCACAUAGCAUCCUAUGUGAGUACUGGUUCGAGUCUAGGCUGUUCCAAUUCUGAUCCAGCUCCCUGCUCAUGUGCCUGGGAAACAGGCAGAAGAUGGCCUGAAUCCUUGGGCCCCCUGCCACCCACAUGGGAGACCCAGAGAGAGUUCUGGGUUCUGAUUUCCAUCUGAUCCAGACCCAGCCCUAGCCACAACCAUUUGGUAAAUGAACCAGUGGGUGGAAGAUCUCUCUCUCUCUCUCCAUUCUGCCUUUCAGAUUUUAAAAAAUAAUAAGAGCCUUGACAGAACCACAGGUUUAAUUUCUGGUGACCAAAGUCAGGACUAGCAGUAUCCAUUUCUUCCUGGUCUCAGAUAGGAGCAAUAGGGAAUUCCCAAGUGGUAAGCUCUGGUGAAUCUGAGAAGUGAUGCUAGGGUAGGAUAGAGAAAAACACUGCUGUGCUAGGUCUCCAGGGUCAGAAACUGAGGCACUCAGUAGUAGAAAGCAGGCCUGGUCACCCCGGUCCCGGGCCUCUGAUGUGUAGGGAUAGUUAAUAAAGGAUGGGUUCAUGGCUAUGGCCUUUCCAGGCAUCUCAACGUCUUCCCGCUCAUCCUUGAUCCCAGGAUAUCCCAAUCCCAUUACUCCUGUAGCAGAGAUGGAGCUCCUCAAACUGCCAUGUUAGCCAGCCUGCCUUAAAGGGUAGUCCAGCCUCACUGGAUAGACUGGACCCGAAGUGUUCCAAGGGUGAGGCCAGUUGUCUGUAUGAAGCCACCUUCAAGGGGCUCAAACAGUCAAGAUAUGUGUCGUGUUGUUGCUGUGUGUCCCAUCGGUCCACCCUGGAAAUGAUCUCCAAAAUGGCCAGGUGCGUUGGACCUUAUUUUUCUAGUGGUGUAAGAUUUCAGUCUUUGGACAGAAUGCGGCGUUGCUGGACUUGUGCAAGCUGACGGCAGUGAGAAAGGCAAUGCUUUGCAACCAGAGACCUGGUCCCAGCCCACUGUCUGCACUCUAUGAACUCAGGCAGUUCACCUGUUGCUGAGCCUCAGUUUCCUCAGUCGUAUGGUAGGCCUACUUAGAUUUUAUUGGAUUGUUGAGGGUGUUCGCUUACCUACCAUGUAAAGUCAUUAACUUUUGCAAUACGCCCUGUACAUAACACACUUGGGAAUUGUUAAUAAUUCCAGAACUAGGUACUUAAGGUAUGAUAGCCAUAUUCCCAACCAUUGUGUGACCCUGGGCUAUUCAUUUCACUUUCCCCUUCACAGACAUUCGAAAAUUCAAGGUUUGUGAGAAUCGAAUAGCAGAGGAAAAUCUCUGAGCUCAAGGCAUGACAAAAGCAGGGACACCAUGAAGACCCUCAGUGACUGAGAAAAGGUGCAAUGAAGGAUUUAAGUCACAGGAACCUCCUUGUCUGUUGUGCUAUGGAAAUUAAGGAAUCCACACUUGGGUUCCAGGUAGGCAGGGCUUCCUGGAGCAAACCACAUUCCAGCUCCCAGCCCCUGCUGUUCUGCCCAAUUUUCUGCUGUCCACUGGAGUGGACAGGGGCUCCACUCUCCAGCGAUAGCCCCCUGUCACUGAGAGGCCUCCUUGGUCCUCAAGGCCUGAGGGGUCUUGGAACAGUCCGUGGAAAAUGCAGGUGGUGGCUGGAGGACUCAGUUACUAGGUUUUGUGUCUUAUUUCAUCACGAGGAGUAAGGCUUUGGGCAGUGUAUCAGUGAGCAGAGAGGAUGGGGGUCUGGAGGCCCAGCCAGGGACAGCGUCUCUUCACAAAGGUUCCGAAGGCCUAAGGUUUACAAGCUAUGUCUUAAGAGACACAGUGUUGGGAUGGCUGGGAUGCUACUUCAUCCUCAGACUAUCUGUGGGGAGCAAGCCCUUUCUCUCUGGCAAUGGAUUUGCUGACAAAAGGAUGGCCUCUAACUGAUGCGGGGCACUUACAGCCUCCUGAGCAGCUGUCAGCAAAUGCAAAAAAAAAAAAAAAAAAAUUCUGGGGCCUUUA